GAGCUCCAGCUUGUGAAGUCAGAUCAAAUCAGUAGCUUCCCAAAUAGGCACAACUAUCUUCCAAACUUUUGAUGUACUCCAACAUCAGUUCCACAGGUAGGAGAAAAUGAAUAAACUGAGAGGGGCCAACUACACUGAGGUCACAGAAUUCAUCCUGGUUGGACUUUCCCAUCACCCCAAGAGUCAAAUCAUUUUUUUCUGUAUCUUGCUCCAUCUCUAUCUGGGAACCAUCUUGGGAAAUAUCUUCAUCAUUAUUGUAGUGUGGAAAGAGCCUCGACUUCACACCCCAAUGUAUUUCUUCCUCUGCAAUCUUUCCUUUGUUGACCUGUGUUCCACCACCACCAUGGUGCCUCUGGUCCUUGUCAACUGCCUGAGAGACUGCCCCACUAUCACCUACAAUGACUGCUUCGCCCAAAUAACCAUCUCCGUCUUCUGGAGCAACACCGAGUGCUGGCUGUUGGCUGUCAUGGCUUACGACCGAUUUGUCGCCAUAUCGAACCCCUUGCAUUACACACUGAUCAUGACAAUGAGGGCUUGUUUCCAGAUUGCUGCUAUUAUGUGGAUAAGUAACUUCCUGGUAGCCCUCAUUCCUGAGGUCAUCAUACCGGUUCAGUUUUGUGCAGGGCACAAUGUAGUGAACCAUUUUGUAUGUGAGUUGGAAGCUGUCUUUAAGCUGGUCUGCUCGGACACCACUGUCAGUGAGAUCCUGAUGCUGAUAUGCUCGAUCUUCAUCUUGCCCCUCCCGUUUCUGUUCAUCCUCCUCUCUUAUAUCCGGAUCUUGGUGGCCAUCUUGAAAAUCCCCUCCACAGCUGGGCGGAGGAAAGCUUUCUCCACCUGUGGAUCACACCUGACCGUGGUGAUCAUCUACUAUGGGACCCUCAUCUCCAUUUAUCUCAAACCUCAGAACAAAGACAGUAAGGACCAGGACAAAAUCAUUUUUCUAUUUUACGGAAUAGUGAUCCCCAUGAUGAACCCUCUCAUUUAUACGUUAAGAAACAAGGAUAUGAUAGGAGCCUUGAGAAAGGCAGCUGGGAAAACCAAGCAAGUAAGGCUGUCGGUAUGA